AUGCGGCUCGGCGAAUUCAUGUGGGCAAAGCGCUACCAAGUGCUGUUCACGACGCAAGGGUUUACGCUGGUUGGGAUAUAUGCGCAUCGCUUUGGGUACCUCGAUGAGUAUCUCAAGUUUCUCGAGGACGACGAAGACAAGCCAGUGCCGACCCUUCCUGUCCAGCGCCAACAAGAGGGCCGCGAGGCGAUUUGGAAAAAGGCCAUGGAGCUCCCUGUUGCAGGAUCUAAGUCUGCUGCGGCGGCCAAGAAUGAAGUAUGA